AUCCCUCACAUUAUUGAUCAGCUGAUUGACCUUCGUACCUCACCUAACUCACAGGCACAAUGUUGUGAUAGGGACAAAAAUGUGGAGGAAUAUUCUCAUCGUUGUGAUCACUCCGAUCUCCUUGUUGGCAUCAGGAGUCCCGGAGCCACAGAAUGCUCAUGUAGUCCUGGACCCAGAACAAGCCAGCGAGAUUUUAGUAAGGACUCGCCGUUACAACUCUGGAUGGCUGGAGGAGCUGAAGAUGGGGGACCUCAAGAGGGAGUGCCUGGAGGAGGUGUGCUCCUACGAGGAGGCACGAGAGGUUUUUGAGGACACCAGGAUCACGGACGAGUUCUGGAAGACAUACAAUGUUCCAGACAGCUGCCGAUCAAUGCCGUGCCUCAACGGUGGCACCUGCACCAGCCAUAUGACAUCCUACUCCUGCCUCUGCCCUCUGAACUUCAGCGGCCUCAACUGUGAGCUUGAGGCUCAUAACAUGCCAGACAACUGUCUGAUCGAUAAUGGAGGAUGUGAGCACUUCUGCCAAAAAGAUGACACAAUCAGUGGAGUGAAAUGCUGGUGUGCAGAUGGAUACUUGCUGGACAAUGAUGGUCUGAGCUGUGUCCCAGAGGCAUCCACUUCAUGUGGCAGAGUCCCAGUCCUAGGGAACCAACCCAAGCAGCCGGAUGGACGCGCACGGAUUGUGGGUGGAAGUGAGUGUCCUAAAGGAGAAUGUCCUUGGCAGGUGCUGCUUGUCUACAAAGGAAAAGGUUUUUGUGGCGGCAUAAUCAUUCAUCCGAAUUGGAUCUUAACAGCUGCACACUGCCUGGAAGAUGCUGAUAUAAACUUCCUCACAGUUGUUGCAGGUGAACACAACACCGUGGAGGAUGAGGGCACAGAGCAGACCUUGCAGGUGGCACAGAUUGUCACUCACGACGGGUAUAUGAAGAAAACAACUGACAACGACAUCGCGCUCCUUCGCUUGGCCACGCCCAUCAACUACACGACAUAUGCUGUGCCAGUCUGCCUGCCCACUCGACCACUUGCUGAGCACCACCUAUGGGCCAUUCAGAUGCACACCGUGAGUGGCUGGGGAAAACGUAGCGAGAACGGCCCCACAUCACACCUGCUGAGGCGGCUGGAGGUGCCGAGGAUCCCGACGCAGCAAUGUGUGGAGCAGAGCGGCGUGACACUCACCAAAAAUAUGUUCUGCGCCGGCUACAUUGAGGGGCUUCAGGACUCAUGCAAAGGGGACAGCGGGGGCCCUCUGGUCACACGCUACAAGAAUACUGUCUUCCUUCUGGGCAUUGUCAGCUGGGGACGAGGCUGCGCGCAGCCGGGGAACUACGGCAUCUACACGCGUGUGUCCAACUACCUCACGUGGAUCCAUCAACACACUGCUAUAGCUCCAACAUCAAAUCCACCAAAACCUACACUGCCACCGCAUCACUCACCAGCAACUCAUGAAGUUACCCCUCACCACCAUCAGCCUUGACUCCCAAGCGGUAACAUGUCAGUAAAAUUAUAACCUUCUGUUUGCCAUUGUUGUACUCAACAAACGGUGAACAUUUGUACCUUGAGCAAGCAUCAAACGGGAAACUUAUGUGUGUAAAGACAAUGUCCUCAUGGGUUUGCAUGUUGUCGAUGACAUUUUUGGACCAUUAAAUGAA